AUGGUUCUUCAUUCAGGAAAUACGGCUAUUUCUAUAAUCUUUGGCUUCAAAACUUCAGUCAUGUUGUGCAUCUUGGUUUCUAUCCUGUCUUUGCCUUCCACGGUUCUUUCCAUCCCAUCUUUCACCAAGAUCAUAUUGCCACCUGGAACCUUAGGUCCUGAAUCUCUCGCCUUCGAGCCAUUUGGUGGAGCAUUCUACACAGGAGUUGCUGAUGGAAGAAUUCUCCGAUAUGGAGGACCCCAGAUUGGUUUCUUAGAUUAUGCCUUCACCUCACCCAAGAGGUCCCACGCUGAAUGUGAUGACACCACUAAUCCAGAUCUGGGACCAAUCUACGGAAGGCCAUUUGGUUUGGCACUUAACAGAACAAGAUAUCUCUUCAUUGCAGAUGCUUAUUACAGUCUCUUGGUAGCAGGACCUAAUGGAAGAUUAGCAACACAGCUUGCUAUUAGUGCAGAAGGAGAACGUUUCCGCUUCUGCAAUGGUUUGGACAUUGAUCAACGAACUGGAUUAGUGUAUUUCACGGACACCAGCGCUGUCUAUGAUGUAAGAACUAUCACACAUGUAACAGGUGAUUCCACAGGAAGAUUAUUGAGAUAUGACCCGAAAACUAACCUAGUCACGGUGUUGCUAAGGAAUCUUACAGGGCCAGCAGGGGUUGCAGUUAGCAGAGACAGCUCGUUCCUUCUUCUCUCAGAGUUCAGAAGCAAUAGGACUAUAAAAUAUUUUCUCACAGGUCAAAGAGCUACCACAUUCGGAUAUAUAAACUUCCAGCCAAAGCCAAAUAACAUCAAGAGAAACAUAAUAGGGAAUGACUUUUGGGAGGCAGCACUAAUGACAAGACAAUCACCAAUACCUAUAGGGCAAAGAAUUGAUGAAUUUGGUAAUAUCUUGGCUACAAGAAGUUUUGAGGCACAAUAUGGCACUACCGCGAUCAGUAAAGUUCAACCAUUUGGUGGUUCAUUAUAUAUAUCAUCAAGGUCUGUGAAUUUCGUUGGUGUUUACAGGCCUUAA